AACAACAAUUAAGUAGAUGGUGGUGACAUUCAGCGAAUCGCGCACGGACCAGGACCGAGAAAGACCUCGGCUCUUUUUCGCUCACUUCCAGCUCUCACUUUGAUCUCUCCAAUUGAGGUUUGUUAAGACAUCGAUCAAAAGCCAGUCGACUCUACGCAGCAUCAGUAACAGCUCAAUUGGAUUCUUUCUGUGGCACGAAGUGGAACAUCCCCGCCCCCUGCAUGCAGCCUCCUAAAAGAGAGAAAAGAAAAGAAGAAUAGCAAACAUGAAGUCGGCCAACCCAGACGUGCAACACUUCCUCGGCAUCCCGUGGUGCGCGGCGCUCCUCAGCGAGUCGGGCAUUGUCCGCGACACGGCGCCUUCGCGGUUCCCGAAGCCAAGCACUGAGGACCAGCUCUUUUCGACGACGCUGCACACAGAGGAGACGAUAGCCGCGUAUCUGGCUUUCUACAAGCGACCUUCUUCCCCGGCCUCCUCCUCCUCCUCCUCCUCCUCCUCAUCGUCUUCAUCAGCAACAACACCUGCCAUCACACCAGGUAGCAGCGGCGGUGGCAAUCUGAUCCGCGAGCUCAGAGCCCUUUUGACCCUCCGCUCCGGCGUCAACGGGUACCCCAACGUGUCGCACGGGGGCAUCGUCGCGACGGUGCUCGACGAGACCAUCGGCAUGAUCUUUCUCAUCAACAAGGCCGAGGGGCUCAUCCCGGAGGAGGCCUACAUGACGGCAUACCUCAACGUGACUUACGUGCGUCCCGUGGCGACGCCGCAAACGGUGUUGUGUGUCGUCGAGGUCGUGAGUGUGAAGGGCAGGAAAUGGUUGAUCGAGGGGAGGAUCGAGGAUGAAGAAGGAAGGGUGCUGGCAAAGGCGGAGAGUCUCUUCGUCAGACUGAAAGAGAAGCUGUGAGAAAUAAGGGGGCUAAGAUGAAACGGAGAUUUGCUAGUGGACGGUGUUGAGUGGGAUGAGAUGUUCAAGCCGCAAUGAUAGACAAAGUAGAGACACGAGAGAUGGCCUCUUGAUUAGAAAAAGGAGCCCCGUUGGGCUCUUCCUACCGGCACAGCAUAUAUUCCAGGCAGAGCUUACGUAGUCCACAUGGAAAUAAGUAAUAGAAGAGAUCGCAUUGCGUCGUGCU